UGGGCUGGGCUCGCUUUCCCCGGACAAAGCCUUGCCAGCGUCGCUGGACCUGCCCCGGUCUCGGAGCCAUGAAGCUGAAUGAGCGAAGCCUGGCCUUUUACGCCACCUGCGACUCCCCCGCCGACAACGCCGGCUUCCUCUACAAGAAGGGCGAGCGCAACACGGCGUACCACAAGCGCUGGUUCGUGCUGAAGGGCAACAUGCUCUUCUACUUCGAGGAGAAGGACAGCCGGGAGCCCGUGGGCGUCAUCAUCCUGGAGGGCUGCACGGUGGAGCUGUGCGAGGCCGCGGAGGAGUUUGCCUUCGCCAUCAAGUUCGGCUGUGCCAAGUCGCGCACCUACAUCCUGGCGGCCGAGAGCCAGGCCGCCAUGGAGUCCUGGGUCAAGUCCCUGUCGCGGGCCAGCUUCGACUACAUGCGCCUGGUGGUGAAGGAGCUGGAGAAGCAGCUGGAGGAGAUGCAGCGGGGCCUGCCCGGCUGCCGCAGAGUCCAUCGGAGGUCGCCCAUCUACCGGAAGAGCAAGCCAGCCCUGGGACCGGACCCUGCGGCCGUCACUGUGGAGCUGCCGCCACCUCGGGAGAAACCCCCGGGGCUGUCUUGUCCCUCCCUGAAGGAGAACGGCUGUGCGGUGUGGAAUAACACCCCGGGCAUGAAGGACCUGCCCGACGGGGGCAUCCCCGGAGGCCCUGCUGACUCGGGGAGCAGGAAGCCGGCCGUGGGGAGCGGCUGCGAAGUCGGCCCCAAGCCACCUCCCUUGCCGCCUCGCCGACGCGCCUCCUCCGGCAAUAGCCGUGGCACGGGACCCGUGGCAGCGGAGAGCUGCGUGUGCCCAGGCACGGCGUCUUUCUCCAGGUUGCACGACUGGUACGGCAGAGAGAUCAUCCAGCUGCGGCGAGAGGGGGGGGGGGGGGGGGGGGGGCACCAGCUGUGA